GCCAACAACAGCUGUGUUGUUAUACGGCGUUACGAAAAAAUUAAAUUGUAGAAUUGUGGUGGGGUAUUUUUUUUUUUGUUUUAGCCAAUUUUCUAACAUGAAUAAAAUUUGCAAAAGCUUUAUUUCGGUGCUGAAACAUAGCAGCUUAGAUAAAACCUAUACAUCAGCUGCUGUACUGGGACGUAAUCUAUCGUUUAAAAGCGAUUUAUCUCUGGAUAAAAUCUACCCCAAAAGUCGUCUUCAAUUGUACACGCCGCCUCCGCCCCAGAGCAGUGGUGAUAAGUUUUCAGGAUUCAUACCAAUCAACAAAUUAGAAAUAACUUAUAGUCGCAGCUCUGGACCUGGUGGCCAACAUGUUAAUACGGUAAAUACCAAAGUUGAUGUGCGCUUUAAGUUGGCCGAAGCCGAUUGGAUACCAGAGAAGACAAGACAAAAACUAUUGACAGAGCUGCAAAAUAAAAUAACCCGAGAAGGCUACUAUGUCAUUAAAAGUGAUUUGACUCGUUCACAACAAAUGAAUUUGGCCGAUGCUUUGGAAAAACUACGUACACUUAUAAGACAGUAUGAAAUAGAGGCUCCUGCACCCUCAGAGGAAACCGUAGAAAAAUUAAGGAAAAGACAAGAGAAAGCUGCACGGGAACGACUUUUCAUAAAACGUCAGCGAUCACAAAUCAAAGCCGAUCGUCAAGGACCUUCAGCUGGCGAUCUAUAGAACUAUGCCAUUCACCUAUAUAAGCUUAAGUGUUUUUCUUUUUGUUUUAGAUGCAGCAACAGCAACAGAAAAAUAAAAUCAACCAAAAUAAAAUUCGUUAACACCUGAGGAAAAUCAAGUA